GUCAACAUUUCACUAAUAAAAAUAUAGUCUUUUCAGGCCGAGAAUGUUUUGAUAGUAGAUGUAAACAACAUGCUGAGCAUGAUUUUUUACUUCUACGCUACAUUUUACCGGUCAAACUAUUUAAUACUUGUGAAAAUUAAGUAAAAACCAGGACCUUUCGCUUAUUUUAUACACUUGAAUCCUCGCAGGACUUCUUGCAGAAAGAUGCCGUCAGCGGAUGUUGACGACCUCCAGAAGCAGCUGGCUGCUUAUGGCCAAGAUCACCUCUUGAAAUUCUGGUCUAAAUUGAGCAGUGAUCAAAAAUCUGAACUGGUCGACGAUAUCCAGUCUGUAGAUUUCAGUGAUUUAGCCACCAUCUUCAAAGAAACAGUCACAAACCGGGAAAACAACAAUCAGAAACUCGAUCAGUUCCUGGAGCCUAUACCCGAAGAAUUACACGAGGCAGUCUCACGAUCUUCACCCAAACAAUUAGAGCACUAUCGGGAUAUAGGACUACGAGAGAUAUCGGAAGGCCGAGUGGCCGCUCUUUUGUUGGCCGGCGGACAAGGUACAAGGCUGGGUGUUGCCUACCCUAAAGGCAUGUACAAUGUGGGAUUACCUUCACAAAAGACGCUGUAUCAGCUCCAAGGUGAGAGGUUGCUCAAGUUAGAAGAGUUAGCCGAAAAACUCACUGGAAAAAGAGGCACCAUACCUUGGUACAUUAUGACGAGUGAGCAUACUAUGGACCCGACAAUUGAGUUCUUUUCUCGACACAAUUAUUUUGGUCUGCAAAAAGAUAGUGUGGUUGUGUUUGAGCAAUUUAUGUUACCAUGCCUUACUCUAGAUGGAAAGAUCAUCCUCGACACUCCCUAUAGAAUAGCAAAGGCUCCAGAUGGCAAUGGGGGUUUGUUUCGUGCUCUACGUGAGCGUGGCAUUUUGGAAGACAUGAGGAAAAAAGGUAUCCAAUAUGUUCAUGUUUACUGUGUAGACAACAUUCUUGUAAAGAUGGCAGAUCCUGUUUUUAUUGGCUACUGCAUAAGCAAGGAUGCUAAUUGUGCUGCUAAAGUGGUGGAAAAAGUCAUUCCCACAGAGGCUGUUGGAGUUGUUUGCAGAGUAGGGGGAAAAUUCCAAGUGGUUGAGUACAGUGAGAUUUCCUUGGCAACGGCAGAGAAGAGAAACCAAAAUGGAAGGCUUAUGUUCAAUGCUGGAAAUAUCUGCAAUCACUUUUUCACUGUUGAUUUUCUACAUCAAAUUGGAAAGGGUGAUAAAAAACUCAAACAUCAUAUAGCACAGAAGAAAAUUCCUUUUGCUGGUGAUGAUGGAAAAACAGUGAAACCGAUCAAACCCAAUGGGAUGAAAUUGGAGAAAUUUGUUUUUGAUGUAUUUGAAUUUUCAGAUAAAUUUGUUGCAUGGGAAGUGAAUCGGGAUGAAGAAUUCUCCCCUCUGAAAAAUUCUGAUGAUAGUGCGAAGGAUACGCCCACCACCGCUAGAUGUUCUCUUUAUGCAUUACAUAGACAAUACAUCAAAAGAGCUGGAGGACGAUUUGAGGAUGACAAAUGUGAUAGUUUUGUUUCCGUUGAUCUUAGAACAGCUGAUGAGGAAAAAAAAGAUACAUCAGAAGAAAAGAGUGAAGUUGGAAUCUGUGAAAUUUCUCCUUUGGUGUCCUAUGCUGGAGAGGAUCUUGAAGAACUUGUUGCUGGUAAAACCUUCUCGUAUCCUGUAGUUUUGAGUGCACCUGAUGAGCAACUACCCGUUUCAGAUACCAACGGCAACAGCAGUGAUUGAAAUAUCUUUUGGAGUUUUAUUGUAUUUAUUUGUACCGGUAUUGUGAAACCACCCUAUUAACUCAUUCCAUCUACAAGAAAAUGUUGAUUCUUUAAGUGAAUCGGAGGAGACUUUUAAAAAACAAUUGAAACCUUGUCAGAACUAAAUCUAAUUGGGUAAUGACUUUUAUAAUUCUAGAUCAAAAUAUUCACAGCAAGUUUCUAGAUUGAACUUCCUACUACACAAAGAAUUUUACCUUUUUAUUAAUUUAUUUUCUUAAAUGAAAUUCCACUCUAAGUAAAGUUGAUUCUGUUUAAAGAAUUAACUUCCUUUUUUUUAGAAUUUAUUGUACGAUUUUAGGAUAUUUGUCACGUUGUUAAGAAAGGAUUUUUUUCUUCUUUUUUGUAAGAAAUGGGGAUGAUAGGCUUUUGGGUUUUUUUGUCUUUUAAAAAAGGUGAAAGUGUGAGCGUUAUUCUUAAGGAUCUAUUUGUUAAAUAAUUAUAUUAAUUUACUGGAUUUUGUACUUAUGCAAUACUUCUUUUUAGUUUAACGCCAGAACUCUCUUCAGCUGAUGAAAUAGCGAAAAGAGAAAUGAAAAUCUCGGGUAAAUGUUGAGGCUUCAGUCUUGACUAGCUUUUGUGCAAUUUGAAAAUUAUCAGCUGAUUAUAUGUUAGGAUUCUAAAGGUUCGGCAAAAUUUGAAAAACCAAUGCUAACACUAUUUUUUGUGCAAUUUGCAAAUGAUUCGGUUAUAUUAAAUGAUUCGAAUCGUUGCAUUUUUUUACUCAUUUUUUCCCUUUUUUGUACUUAUAUGGUUAACCCUUUGGCGCAGAAUUUUAACAGACUAUAUUUUUCUUUUUUCAUUAUUUUGUAUUAACAGGUUGCGUAGCGUUUUUUAAAAAAGUGCUUAAAGGUGCUUAUUUUUGAUUUACAUUUUUAAAGCCCCUAAAGGUGCUUUUUUUAUUUGGUGUUUGUAAAAAGUACUUAAUUUUUUAUCUUUUAAAAAGAGAUUUUUUCUUUGCCGUAUCAAUUAUCGUUCUAAAUUACAAAAAAUUCAUGAUUUUUAUAAUUUUCUCUGCAAUAUUUAUCAAAAACUAGUUAUUUUAUCAUGAUUAUGUGAAGUUUUAAGUGAUUUUAUGUUUAUAAAUUAAGAAUUAUAGAAAAAAAUAAUUUUAGUUACUGCACAGAUCCUAGAUAUGAUUUUUUUUUUGGAAAGUGAUUAAGAAUACUUUUUGAGUGCUUAAAAAGUACUUAAAAGGUGCUUAUUUUUUAUUCAAAAAUCUGGCUAUGCAACCUGAUUAAUUUAGAUCAAAAGAAGUGGAUAUUAUGUUUACCAGUUUAAUUAUUUAUUGUUAUGAGAUACAGCAUGGAACGGUAUCUUUUUCUGCGUUAAAUUCUUCCAAACACUAAGAGAAACAAUUAUUCAGAAUUAAAUUUUCUUUAAUUUACAAAAUCAACUAUUAUUGAAUAUAAAUGGAAAAAAAAAAUUCAAACUACUUUUUUUUGGUUCUAUCUUUUAGAAAAAAUAUAAUUCUGAUAAUCUAAUAGUAAUUAUUAGACAGUUUUUUAUAAUUAAAAUAUACCAUAAUAUAUAGAUUUGUAAAUAGAGCAUCAGAAAAAAAAUAUAUAUAUAUAAAAAGGACACCAGUGUCCCAUCUGCGUCAAAGGGUUAAUAUUUUUAAAGUUUUAUUGCAUUUUUUGUUAAGAAAUCAAAAUAGUUUAAAGAGUGUAAAAAUUUUAUUAUGGUUUUCAAAAGAAAUAACUGUUUUUAUUUAUUAUUGAUAACUUUUUCUUUGAAAAGGUUAUCUUGUAUAUGAUUGUAUGAUAUUGCUUGUGGCACUUUUUUUACAGUUCAGAGAUUAUUUUUUUAUGAAGCAUAUUUUUAUACAAGUUGUCACUACGUGAUUUUAGAGUUUGUUGAAAUUGUUUCUGAAUUAAAGUACUUCAAAAUUUAUUAAUAAAAUAUUUUAAACAAGUC